GAUCUGCCAUGCCAUGCAUGACCCACGAUUAAUCCAAUAAACAAAGAGAUGAAGCCACAUGCACUCUACGUACUACAUAUGCAUGAUCAGUGAUCCUCGUCAACCAUGCAUGAUCUGUGAUCUUCGUCAACCAUCGUCCGUUGGCGCGAGGGACGGAAACAGAGCUCCCAUCAGCUCGCCGGCCGUCGCCCAUAUAAGCAUCAUGGAACACACGCUAGGCUUCAGUAUGCAACAGAGCUGAAGUUUAAUCAGAGAAGCAGAGUUGGUCCUUGCGAACAUGGAGAAUCAUCUCGCGAUCCUGGCGUUGUUCCUGGGCUUGUGCAUGUCACAGCUCGGGGGUUCGGCGGCCCAGCAGUACUGGACGCCGGCCAACGCGACGUUUUAUGGCGGCGGCGACGCGUCCGGCACAAUGGGUGGAUCGUGCGGUUACGGCAACCUGUACGACGCCGGGUACGGGACCAGCUCGACGGCGCUGAGCACGACGCUGUACGGCGACGGCAAGUCGUGCGGCGCGUGCUACGUCAUCACCUGCGACGCCUACCACACGCAGUCGUGCAAGCCGGGGACGUCCAUCACCGUCACGGCCACCAACUUCUGCCCGCCCAACUGGUCGCAGCCAAGCGACAACGGCGGCUGGUGCAACCCGCCGCGGCAGCACUUCGACAUGUCCCAGCCCGCCUGGGAGACCAUCGCCGACUACCAGGCCGGCUUCGUGCCCAUCAAGUACGCCAGGACGGCGUGCCCGCGGAGGAACGGCGGCAUCCGCUUCUCCAUCACCGGCCAUGACUACUUCGAUCUGGUCCUCAUCAGCAACGUCGGCGGAAGCGGCGCCGUGUCGGCGGCGUGGGUGAAGGGCUCCAACACGGACUGGCUGCCCAUGAGCCGCAACUGGGGCUCUAACUGGCAGAGCAACGGCUACCUCACCGGCCAGAGCCUGUCGUUCCAGGUGCAGACGGACGACGGCAGGUCCGUCACGGCGUACAACGUGGCGCCGGCAUACUGGAAGUUCGGCGACACUUACACGUCUUCCGUCAACUUCUACUAGCCGAGCAUAUGCGCGCUAGCCUUGUACACUAGUCCAGACAUCUGCCGUCGCUAGUGCACGUCCACAUAUUGUUUGUAGCUUGUAAGUUAUUUUUUAUGUGAAUUUAAUUUUAAAAUUUUACAAAUUACACACACCGUCAAUACAUCUCUUAUUCUUUC